GAUAAGUAUGGUUUGUCAAGUCUGUCUCCUCCCUCUGGCUAUAAUCUUGGUCCUCCUUCCACCACAACCGACACUUUCCAAUUCAAUCAGCCGGCCCGGCUGCCCCGACCGGUGUGGAAAUUUACCGAUACCAUUUCCGUUCGGAGUCGGGUCGGAUUGCUCUUUAGAUCCAUCAUUCAACAUAAGUUGCUAUAAUUAUUCCAAUUCUCCAACACCUUUCCUCACUAGUAUUCUCACGGUACUGUGGCCAGAGCUGAUUGAAAUAAACGAAUUUCAAGUUCGGAUUAAGUUAACCUACCCAGUUUGGUCUUGCUACACCGAAACUGGAAUAGAUUGGAUGGAUGGAGGGUUUGUAGUGAGUUACGAUAUUAGUGGAGGUCAGUACACGUUCUCUGAUGGGAACCGGGUUAUUGCUAUCGGCUGCGACGACGCUGUGGCGUUCAACGGAACAGCCAACGGCCGGAACUUCGCCGGUGGGUGCACAGCUGUUUGUGACAGCAACAAUGGUUCAGCUGCGAUUUGUCCAGAUGGUAGUGACGCCAGUGAGCUCGGUAACGGCUGUUGCCAGACGCCUAUUCCUAAAGGCACAAAUAGAAUUGAACUAAGAGUAUAUGAUGCACACCAAAUUUGGAGGCGAGGCAGAAAGUUUUCAACUGCGGCUACGCCUUUCUAG